AUGGUUCUUCUUCAUGUUAUUGGGCUAAUUUAUAUGUUCAUUGCCUUGGCUAUCGUUUGUGACGAAUUUUUUGUCCCAUCGUUAGGCGUAAUUACUGACAAAUUGGCAAUAAGCGAUGAUGUUGCAGGUGCAACCUUUAUGGCCGCAGGCGGUUCAGCUCCAGAAUUUUUUACUUCGGUUAUAGGAGUUUUCAUUGCCGAAAAUAAUGUUGGGAUUGGUACUAUCGUGGGCAGUGCGACCUUUAAUAUACUCUGUGUACUGUCGUGCUGCGCACUGUUCGCUCAUGGUGUUCUGCAUUUAACGUGGUGGCCUUUAUUUAGGUCCACACAUUUCUUUUAUUCGACUUUCUUUUUAGCUGUUCCACCAAAUAAAAUUCUUUUUCCAUCGUUUUGGAUUUUUUUUAUACAUUGGUACGAAGCAUUAUCAUUAUUUAUUAUAUACCUCUUGUACGCAAUUUUCAUGAAAUACAAUGAAGUAUUAGAAGCAAAAGUAAAAAAAUGUUGCCCCGAUGAAAAGCAAUUAAAUGCUUCCGAGGAGGAGCAAAGGCUUACGGUUCUUCAACCGAAGGCAAUCAUGGAAUCACCUCGAAGUCCUUCAACAUACGGCAAUGAAACAGUAAAUUCGAUGAAUUUUAAUUAUGCGCAUAGAAUACAGCACGAUGAUCUUGAUCGCUCCCAUUCUUUAUCUAAUAUAAGACGCAGUUCAGGAAUUCGACGCCAGUCGAUACCAAUUUUACAUUCAGGAGCAAUAUUUCGUAAUGGUAUUCUACAGUUGAUGUCACAUGGUCUCGAUCCUCUCGAGGAGGGUGUUGCAGAAGAUGAUGUUAAGAGUUUCCUCAGAGAAAAUUUUCAGAAAGCAAUACUCGAAGAAGAAGAGGAAAAGCCUUUGGAUAUGACAUGGCCAGAGAAAUUUCAUCGCCAAGUCAUUUUUCUCGCUCUUUCACCGAUUCUUUUUCCACUUUGGGUUACGUUGCCGGACGUUAGAAAUGAGGCGUCUCGAAAAUGGUUUCCGUUAACCUUCAUCGGCUCAAUAUUAUGGAUUGCAUUCUAUUCAUAUAUUAUGGUUUGGAUGGCAAAUACUAUCGGCGAAACCAUUGCUAUUCCAACGGAGAUAAUUGGCUUGACAAUUUUAGCAGCUGGGACAAGCAUUCCUGAUUUAAUAACAAGUGUCAUCGUUGCACGGAAAGGUCUUGGUGACAUGGCUGUUUCCAGUUCUGUUGGCAGCAAUAUUUUUGAUGUGUGCGUUGGUUUGCCUAUACCAUGGUUAUUAUAUUUUAUUUAUGAACCAAUUCGUAAUCAGGAAAUGGCUAAAAAUUUUAUCUCUGUGUCAAGUAAUGGAUUGGCUUGCAGUGUCGGCAUGUUAUUCGUCAUGCUUAUCGUUUUAGUUGCAGCAAUUGGUCUAUCGAAAUGGCAAAUGAAUAAAUUUUUUGGAGUUGUUAUGAUCAUAUCGUAUAUUUUAUUUUGUGUGCUAUCAAUUUCUCUUGAAACGGGCUUCCUUGCUUGUCCACUUAAAAUUUGUUAA